AGUAGUGUGAACACUCUAAAUGCAAUAUAGUGUUGUUUUAAAAAAACACCCAAAAUAACCCAGGAAACCAGCUCAUUCCCCAAAAGGGGUACCUGAAGGUUUCCAAACCAAAACUGAGAAGCAUUCUUUUUUUUUUUUACUUAAAGAAAAUGUUCUAUCCAAGUAAGAUUUUCCCACCUAUGAUUCUCUUGAUAGCUUAUCUACUCUCAUGUCAGGAUACAGCUGCAGAGGAAAGGAAGCUCACAGGGUUGCCUUCUCAGAGGUUGAGAAGACAAACUGGAACACCUGCUCCCAUUAACUGUAGGCUAAGCCAGUGGUCACAAUGGACUGACUGCUUUCCUUGUCAAGAAAAAAGGUACAGAUAUAGAACAUUGUUACAACCAUCCAAAUAUGGGGGAAACAAAUGUACUGGCGAUCUUUGGGAUACAACAGCAUGCAACCCGACAGGCGCAUGUGUCGCAAACCAAGACUGUGGAACUGAUUUUCGGUGUCAGGAGACUGGCCGCUGCAUUAAACGCCACCUUGUAUGCAAUGGAGAGCCAGACUGUCGGGAUGAGUCCGAUGAGGCUGAUUGUGAGGAUCCUGAAAGAGCCUGUGAUGAUCUGGAUCCAGUCCCUGGGAUUGCAAGAAUAGCACAAGGAUACAAUAUCCUAACAAGAAAGGGAGCGCAGAUUGCGUACGAUCCCAAAUUCUAUGGAGGCCAGUGCGAAUCUGUCUAUAAUGGAGAAUGGCGAGAACUGAAGUAUGAUGCUGCAUGCGAACGUUUGUACUACGGGGAUGAUGAGAAAUACUUUCGCAAACCAUAUAAUGUCCACUUCUAUCAGUUUCUAGCUUAUGCUGAUUCUGGCUUUUCUUCAGAGUAUUUUGAUGAUGCCAAAGACUUAUUGGAGGCCCUAAAAAAGGACAGUUCAAGCGGUUUUGGUGUGACUGUUGGCAUAAGCCCCGCCAACGUGCCUGUGUCUUUGGAACUAGGCUUUAGUUUUUCAAGCGGUCAGGGGUCCCUGAGAAAUGCUACAAACUAUGCAUCAAAGAAUUUGGGAUUUGUUCGCGUUCUUACCAGAGUACAAACUGCCCGUUUCAAGAUGAGAAGAGAUGGUAUAGUGCUUGAUGAGGACAUGCUCCAGUCUCUAAUGGAGCUUCCCAAUGAGUACAACUACGGAAUGUACGCCCGGUUUAUUGAUGACUAUGGCACCCAUGUCAUGACAUCCGGGACAAUGGGAGGCAUCUUUGAAUACAUCCUUGUAAUUAACAAAGACGAAAUGAGGAAAUCAGAAGUUAGACAGGACACUGUAAGCUCCUGUUUCGGUUUGUCAAUAGGCGUAAACUUUCAAUUUCAGGAAGGUGUAUCAUUAGGUGCCAAGGCGCAAUAUAACGACUGUUCAGCGAGCGGAACCCAGGACAAUGGCUCUGAAAGUAAAAAGUCAUUCAUAGAGGAUGUUAUUCCCCGGGUUAGAGGUGGAGACUCAGCAUCAAUUGCCCGGCUCAUGGAAACUUCAAGCGCCAAUGCAUACCGUUACUGGGGGAGGUCAUUAAAACUUAAUCCCACCGUUAUUGAUUUUGAGCUGCAGCCUGUACAUGAACUAUUGCGUAGGACCAGCCUUGCUCACAUUGAACCCAAAAGGCAAAACCUGAAAAGGGCUUUGGAUGAAUAUCUAAUGGAGUUUAAUGCUUGCCGCUGUGGCCCAUGCCAGAACAAUGGGGAACCCAUGCUGAUGGGGGGCACCUGUGUCUGUGAGUGCUCAGUGGGUUCACAGGGCCCAGCAUGUGAAAACACAAGGCGAACAGGUCAUCCAAUACAUGGUAGUUGGAGUUGCUGGACUCCAUGGAGUCCUUGCCAAUCUGGAUCUAGAAGGCGUUCAAGAUACUGUACAAACCCAGCCCCUUCAAAUGGUGGAACAAGCUGUGCAGGCAGAAAUGCACAAGCAGAGGCAUGUUAACAGCUUACCACGAGUGAAUUAAUGGACCAUUCUGCCAAACAGGAAAAUGUAGGAAUGAGCUCUGAUUCGUGCACUGUGCAAAGCAUUGGGUCAUAAAUACCUAUGAUAAAUUCAAUGGAAGUGCCCAGUAGGAGAAUAUAACAUAACAAAAAAUGUGAGGACCAUCUGUAUAUAAAAUUAUGGGAACUAUAGCAGCUAAUCUAGUUGUGAUGCACAGCAGAUUAGCACAUUAACUAAUGUGCAUUAUCACCUUGGUGCACAUUAGCACUAUUGCACACUUGCAACUUAGCAUAAAUGCCCCCUCAAAGUGAAAAUCUGGUCUGCAAGUCCGCGGAAUGUGCAUGACUCAGAAAAAGCCAGUCUGCUACAGAAUCUACAGGUUGGAAUCAUAAAAAGCUGAACUCAUUUGAAUCCAUUGUGGAUUUCUCCAAUAUCCCUAGUCCUGAUGACUCUGGGUGCUGGAAUUAUGAGAGAGGGAGAGAAAUGUCUCCCUUUCCACCUUCUUCACACCAUGCAUGAUUUUGUACCCCUCUAUCAUGUCUCCCCUUACUCACCAUUUUUCUGAACUAUGAUGUUCCAGACAUCGUAACCUUUCUCUGCGAGUUGCUCCAGACCCUUGAUCAUCAUAGCUGCCCUUUUUUCAAGGCUCUCUUUGUCAGACACUGCACCACACAUCCAGAUAUUGGGGCGGGCCAUGAGGCACGUGGACAUUGCUCACCAGAGGCACAGUCUGCCUCCCCACUUCCCAUGUUGGUUAUACACCAUGGCUUCCUUCCCCAGGCACAAGUGAACACAUUUCAAAAAGAAAGCAAUUAUUGUCCUUUCCCCAUGCAGUUAAGAUAGUACCCUUAUAGCUAUACUUCCUUUAAAUGCAAUAGAAUCUGCUUGGACAGCCUUUCUAGGCAAUUAGUCCUCUAUUCAAUCCCUAGAAGGCAGCCUUAGCUUUACAAAACAACAACAACCCAAUGACAACAGCAUUGCUUUGGUGCAAUAUUUUUGAAGCCCAUGGAGUCCCUGCACUUGGACCACAAUGCAAUGCAAUUGUUUUGGCAGUGAAAUCAAAGCUCACCUGUUAAUUCCUCAGACACAGUUCUGAAAAUUUUGGUAUUAGAUAUGCAUUUGUUUAAAGAAAGUGGAUCAAUCCAAAUAAAUAAAUAAAUAAAUAAAUCCAAAUGGUUACAAAUAAAAUAAAAUUAAAGCAGUGUCAGAA